UGAUUCCGUCGUUGGAGCAACGCCAUUUUGUGCGCAGCGGGGCUACAUUGGCCUCGCCUAUAAAAGGCUGCGGUGACGUCAGCGCCCGACAUUUAAAAUCUCAUCGUGGUGCGCAGUGGACGUGAAAGUGUUGUGACAAGAUCUUCAAGUGAAUUUGCCUGGGUUGGAUUCAGUCCCAUUGCGUUUCGCGUGGGUCUGCAUCCAUCCGAUGGCCGCCAUCUUGGCUGUCGCUGGGGCGCGGUCGCUGCUUGCACAACAAUGGGUUUGUAACGGUAUCGUGCAUUUAUUUUAGUUUAGUUAAUUUUGUGAUCCAAAUGUAAAAAGUUAAAUAUUUCAAUUUCAAUCUAUUUCUCGAUAGUAAAAUUGGAAUUUGGUUAUUAUUCAUAUUGAAUAAGAUAAAUUGUAACAUAUGUUUAAGUAUGAAAAAUAAAAAGAUUAUUUUCAAUGGAAAGUUGUAUUUCUCCUAUUUUGUUACUGUGAUUUCACCCGAAAUGUGUUAUUCCAUGAGUCAUCAUCGUCACUUCGCUUCGUGGAGAAAGUGGCGAGUGCGAACGAGAUCGAGCUCCAGACUCGGCCGAGCAGCCUGCGGUCUGCCGCCGAGCCGUCGCCGCCGCGGCGUUAAGGUUCCCUGCGUUCAGCCCACGGCUCCACUGUGCCAAACGGCGCGCGCUCAAAUACGUCCCGGUUAUCAGCCCACUAGGUAAACGUUAGGCCUCCGAAUUCCUCAUACGACUGGUGUAAUAUUAUCUUUUAUUCCAUAACAAUGUCUGCCCGUGCCCGCAUGCGGGCCCCCUGCGUGUAACGUUGUGUUUAGACCCCAGAGCGUUGCGGUUACCGUGCAGCUGCGCAGACCCAGUCGUGGCGGGUUGUCGCAAUCGCAUAGUUCAUCGUGCGCACUGCCUCUACGCGUCACGGUCACGUGAUGGCGCUACCCGGAACACUGAACACUAGAAUUAUCUUCCCGUAAGGAAGUACCUAUGUUGACAAUGUCGGUGAGUCACUUGUUACUGAGAAUGGUCUAAUUUUGAAAUAUAAAAACAGACUUUUUGGUAUUUUAUUGAUGAUCAUAAUAAUGAACAUUUAGCGUGAGCAUUUCUCUUAAACAACUAAAAAUAAAGUAACUCCUUACGAUUUGGACAAGUCACUCUUAUUGCUAAGAAAUUAUUCCAAUGUUGACAUAUAAAAACGUACCUAAUUACUGAAUCAGUGUCAUCUCACUUAGGUCAUGUCUAUGAAAUAACUUUUCUCCAAACAGGGUAUUACGUAUUUAGGAACAUGCUAGAACGAUCGGGAGGCCUUCUCGAGGUGACUUGAGGGAGUUUUCGGAGACUGUCCGUGAAUUAUCCGUGACCUCGCCAAUCUUCGCGGCGCUUUCUAUAUUAGGUAACCUGAGGUCACGAUAUUUGUGUGGAUGCAUGCAUAAACAUCUUAACUGCAGCUAUAUCUACACUUCGAGUGAGCAGUCUCCAGUUUAGUACAUGAAAAUUUCAUCUGCACACUGAGAGUUGGAAAUAUUAAAUUGAGGAAACGUGGCGUGGGCUGAUCAUUUCCGGGACCAUUCUGAACCAUAAUGCGCGACAUAGGCUACACACAAACAAACGAUUGCAUACAAAUUAAGAAUAGGAAUAUGAAGCAAGGACUUGUUAGAAUGCGCUAUACACCGGGAACCGUGGCUGGUGGUCAAGGUUGUGCGUGACCGAGUCAACCAACCAAACGUAAACAAAGCGAGGUGAAGCCCUUCUCCGCGAAGGCUAGCCCGGCCCCUAUAACAAGUGGACCGUCGGCCUCCACAGAUAAGUCAAUGCCGGUCCUAAUCUCUCUCUCUCUCUACCCCAAAUCACUGUUAGAUAAUAAACCUACCAAAAGCUGAAGUGCGUGAUGAAGUAAGACCGAUAUGCUUCGGUAUUAUUCUAAAAUUGAUAAUGACUGCUUGAUGAACUUCUCUAAUGCUAAGGUGAGUUUAGGCAAGAGUUUUUUUACUACCUAUACAAGAAAAAUUUAAAUUAAGCCUAUCAAAGAUUCAUACAUCAUAAUAAUCAGUUGUAUUUAAUACUUUCAACUGGUGGAAUAUUAUUAAAUCACAUUUACGAUCGGGUCUGUCGCGAAUUUAUUUUGUUACCUUUAUUUACCGACGUUUCGACACGGAGGGGCUACCGCGAAAAACGAAAUUCGCAAAUUGCGGGAAUCUUUCUCUUUUACUCCAAUGAAGGCGUAAUUAGAGAGACAGAUGCCCGCAAUUUGCGAACUUUGGAUUUUCGCGGUUAUAGCCCAGGUUUCACCGACUGGUUUCAGAUCACGUGCCACGACCAGUGAAACCUGUGUCGGUUUCGAUUUUCGGUCUGUAAAUAAAGGUAACAAAAUAAAUUCGCGAUAGACCCGAUUGAUGUGAUUUAAUAUGAAAGUUUUAAAUAGUGAAAUAUUAGUUGACAAUAGCUUAUUUAACAGAAAUAAGAGAACCCACUUGUUUAAAACAUUCAUAACAAGGGUAGGUACCUCUACCUAAGUAUACAAAAUUAUAAAUAAAAUGGACAUUAGUAGGUAGGUACGUCACUUAACCAUACAUUUAAUUUUUUCAGAUCCUGUAUAGUUGCAUACUAUGCUAUAUAAUAACUCUAUUUGAGGAACUAUAAAAUACACUACAGAUUUUACAUAUUUUACAAAUUAUAACAAUGGAAACAUGAAGUUAUAAUAACUUAGCGCCGAUCUAAUUUAGCUAUGAAACAGAAAACGAAUGUAUUGCAACCAACAUAAUUAUUAGAUGUUGAAAGAAGUAAUAAAGUAAGAAAUGUCGUGUGACUGAACCAUAUAAAAUAAACUAAAAACUUAAUACGGCAGCGAAAUAUGAAACAAGACUUGGGAACUGGGCAUUAGACUAGUAAUCCCUUUACCAUUGUGUCUGUUUUUUUACAUCUGCAGGUAAUGAGUCCGACCGGGUAGGGUUCUUAUCAAAUAACUACACUAGAUUGAGGAUGCAAAUGAAACUACUACAAACUACUAAACUAGUGGAGAAUCGGGAUAACUGGAGGAGCAGUGGAAAUAAAGAUAUGAAAGACUUGUUUACCUCUACCUAUAUCCUUAUGGAUUACUAUUGACCUGAAAAGCGGUAACAUGCUAGCGCUCUUGGCUACUAACCCCCUAUUUUUUUGUUUCGAUGUAUUUUGUUUUAGGCUCGCAACUAAUUUACCCACCCACUGACAACGACAAGUACGAGACAAAAUGACACAGGAAACUGUACCAAAGAAACCAAAUCUUGCAAGCCAGUUUUAUUUUUGAAUGAAAUAGUUUCGUUUGAUUUCAAUGGUGGUGAAAUCGUCGUGAAGUUGCAUACCUGUUUUGUUUUUAUUGUUAAUGGCAGAUACGAGCUUGUAAUGGAUGAGAUCCAGCGCCCACGUAUUAAAUUGACAACCGUUGAGCCUUCCUGUAUGGUGAAUAAAUAAGCCAAGGCUGAAACAUCUUUCAAACUGCCAGCAAGAGGUCUAUAUGAGAUAAAAUAAGGGUUAAGUCCCAAUUUGCAAUAGAAGUGUUUUUGCUGAGGCUGUUCGACUAUGAGAAAUUAAUUGGAGGAGCAGGUGUUAAUGGAUUCAAUUAUUAUAUCCAGUCAUAUUAUGAUAUUAGUAUUCGACUGGAAAGUAAACUGAGGAAUGUCUAAAGAAUAUGAAUGUUAGUUGAGGUUUCGCCCCUCCCCUGAAUGUGCUGGAGAAAGUAGCAUGGACAAACGGUAUGACCUCUAUUUUACUAUACCUAUCUAUUAUUGUAACGCUGAACUGAGAGCACCUGAGUGCUGCAAUAGUAUGUAUGCAUGUGCAGGAUAAUAUUUUGCUAUGUCCUUUCCCCGAAUUUGUUUAGUUUAGAUGCGUCCGUGGCAGUAUAUUCACACCAAAGAAUACAAAGAUGAUGAAUACUAUUCAUUCCAAACCGGAGAAAAUGCUCUGCCUAGCGGUCUUCUUCACUCAUCCCCCUGUUCACUAUGAUCAUCUAUCACUCGCACCACUGCAAAUGCGGACUGUAUGAAUGACGGCUACAAAUAUUUUAACUGCACGACAUACUUUUAAACUACGGGUGGUCGUCAGCCUGUACUGAACCAUUCAGGUAAAAUAAUUUUAUUGACUGUUCCAAAAAACUAGCAUCAACUCAGCUUUGUUGUAGUUGUAGUUAAUUAGAUCUAAAAUAUAACAUUAAUUUAUUUCUGAUAACAGCUAUUAUUAAGUCUGCAGUAACUACAGGUCUUUUUAUAUCAGUCAUGCUAUAAAAUCUUAAUAAAAAAAUACGAUGUGUUUCAAUUAAGUAGGUAGGAAUGUAAUCCUGGCACGUAGCCAGGGCGUUAGGAAUUUACUUUUUAGAGCUCGACGAGUAUGCCUAGUUACUGCUGCAAUUAUCCGCUGCUUGUACGAGAGAUUGCUGCAAUGAGACUUAGCUGCGUGUACGAGUGCUGCAAUGAUGCUCCGCCGCUGACUGCUGCUACAUCUGCGUCGAUCCCAUUACUGGCCAAUGGCUUCGUAAACGUGGUGCUGUCAAACCUAAGUAUAUUUAAGUGGUUCACUAGAGUUGUCUAUCCAGGUUCCUUUUCCCUGUAAUCAUAUGAUAAACAUGAGCGUUGCUGUCAUACGACAGCUUUUUAUUUAUAACCACUGCCUUAUCACAGAAUGCCUAAAACUACUGCUGCUGCCAGUUUCUGCAUUUGACUACUGCUGCCAUGAGUGCCAUGUCACAGAGUCCAUCAACGAGAUCGCCGCUGCCGGGCACGGCAUCUAAAGAUUUUUACUGCCUUGUCACAGAAUCCCUUAUAGAGACCGCUGCUGCCCUGCAGAGGGUCUAAAGACUACUGCUGCCUUGUCACAGAGUCGCCUCGCUUAUCAACACGACUGCUGCCCUGCACAGCGUCUACGUUUGACUACUACCGCUGCUGCCCCGCACAGCGCCUUUGACUGCUGCUGCCUUGUCACAGAGUCGCCCUUCAAGACCGCUGCUGCCCUGCACAGGGUCUAAAAGAUUACUGCUGCCUUGUCACAGAAUCGCCCUUCGAGACCGCUGCUGCCCUGCACAGGGUCUAAAAGAUUACUGCUGCCUUGUCACAGAAUCGCCCUUCGAGACCGCUGCUGCCCUGCACAGGGUCUAAAAGAUUACUGCUGCCUUGUCACAGAAUCGCCCUUCGAGACCGCUGCUGCCCUGCACAGGGUCUAAAAGAUUACUGCUGCCUGUCACAGAACCACCCUUCAAGACCGCUACUGCCCUGCACAGGGUCUAAAAGAUUACUGCUGCCUUGUCACAGAAUCGCCCUUCGAGACCACUGCUGCCCUGCACAGGGUCUAAAAGAUUACUGCUGCCUUGUCACAGAAUCGCCCUUCAAGACCGCUGCUGCCCUGCACAGGGUCUAAAAGAUUACUGCUGCCUUGUCACAGAAUCGCCCUUCAAGACCGCUGCUGCCCUGCACAGGGUCCAAAAGACUACUGCUGCCUUGUCACAGAGUCGCCCUUCAAGACCGCUGCUGCCCUGCACAGGGUCAAAAAGCUUACUGCUGCCUUGUCACAGAGUCCUUUCAAGAUCGCUACUGCCUUGCAUAGCGUUGAGUCUGACUACUGCUGUCUACCACAUACCUAGUCUUUUACCGCUGCUGCCACGGCACAGCCGGUUCGUUUUUCUACUUCUGUUUUGUCACAGAACCGACAAUUGCUGCUGCUGCUUUGUCUACGUGUAUAUUGACCGCUGAGUGUCCACCGUCCACUGGCGUGACCGCUGUUACCAUGUCCCGGUGAGACGUUUGUAAAGUCUUAUCAUUUAUUUACUGAAAAUAAGUAGUACCAUGCCAGAGCUUCUUAUGAUAACGACAAUAAAGUUUAAACUAUAUUUAAAUGCCGCGGAUAAACCACAGCACGUCUAGGUGUUAACGCUGCUACGUGCAGCAUUGUCCAUAGAUACUGUACCUCUUAUCACCAACGCAACGUGAUAGGCUGGAAAAAUCAUCGAGCCACCCGUGCAAAUUUUCCUCUACAAUGGAAUGGAACGCGCAACCACGCUUCGCAGAAAGUCAGGCCAGCAACCUUGCAUCGAGAUCCUUUCCUGUAUUAGAAUGAUGGUAAGAAUAUACUGAGAAAUAUAAGAAAUACACUAAUAAGUAAAACAUCCGAAACAAAAAAGCUUUGCGAAAGGUAAAUUACCUAGUUUUUGAUUUAUUUUAAAUAUGCAAGACGAAUGCCAAGAAAGGGAAAUAUUUGCCUGCCUACACGUAGCGAACGAUCAAUCACGGUAGGGCUCUCGUUCCGAAAGCACACAGGCGCAAAGUUAUUGUAUUUCCUCAGCCAAACUCGAGCCAAGAUUGCUGGACUACUUCUUGGGCGCAAGUCAACCUGCUUCUGUGGUUACGUAGCUUCCCGGUCUAGUCUGCCCGCAUCGCGGUGCCAGCGCGAUCCGCGCUCCUGUGGUGCCAGCCUGGCCCAGUCUGCCUCCAGCGAUGCUAAUCCGGUCCAGUCAGCGCUCCAGCGGUGUCAGCUAGGUCCAGUCUGCGCUCCAGAGGUGCCAGCCCGGUCCAGUCUUCGUGCCAGUGGUGCCAGCCCGGUCCAGUCUGCGCCCCAGCGGUGCGAGCACGGUCCAGUCUGCGCUCCAGCGGUGACAGCCCGGUCGAAUCUGCGCGCCAGUGGUGACAGCCCGGUCGAAUCUGCGCGCCAAUGGAGCCAGCCCGGUCCAGUCUGCGCUCCAGCGGUGACAGCCCGGUCCAGUAUGCGCGCCAGCGGUGCCAGCCCGGUCCUGUCUGCGCGCCAGUGGUGCCAGCACUGCCAGCCGGUCCAGUCAGCGCGCCGGUGGUGCCAACCCGGUCCAGUGUGCGCGCCAGUUCAUCCAGCCGACAGCGGAAUGACACGAUUUCAAGUCUAAUCGUCUACAACAACGUUGUGAAGUCUGCCUGCCUCAACGGUGAAAAGUAAGGAUGCCUGCCGAAGAGGUUCGAGUCUGACUCAGCCGAAGAUACCAGUGUUCUGCUCUGCCCGUCAGCGUGAUGCCAGUCCGGUCCAGUCUGCGCGCCAGUGGUGCCAGCCUGGCCCAGUCUGCGCUCCUAUAGUGCCGGCCCGUUCCAGUCUGCGCGCCAGUGGUGCCAGCCAGCCUGGUCCAGUCAGCGCGCCAGUGGUGCCAGCCCGGUCCACCUGCGCGCCAGUGGUGCCAGCCAGCCCGGUCCAGUCAGCGCGCCAGUGGUGCCAGCCCGGUCCACCUGCGCGCCAGUGGUGCCAGCGCGGUCCACUCUGCGCACCAGUGGUGCCAGCCCGGUCCAGUGUGCGCUCCUAUGGUGCCUGCACGGUCCAGUUUGCGCGCCAGUGCUGCCAGCCCGUUCCAGUCAGCGCGCCAGUGGUGCCAGUCUGCGCGCUAGUGGUGCCAGUCUGCGCACCAGUGGCGCCGGUCUGGUCCAGUCUGCGCGCCAGCUCGUCUAGCACUUAAUAGCCUACAAAAACGACGUGAAACGCUGCAACGGAGCGAACACGAUCCUGUUUUCCCUUCUGAAGUGGUACGAGACCAGUCCAGCUUGCACAACUACCGAAGAGGUUCGAGCCUGAAUUAGCCGAAGAUACCAGUCAGUUGUACGAGCAAGGUCCAGUGGCGCCAGUGGUGCCAGCCUGGCCCAGUCUGCGCGCCAGGGGUCCAACCGGUUCCAGUCUGCGCGCCUGUAGCGCUAGUCCGGUCCAGUCUGCUCUCCAGAGGUCCAGCUUAGAGCAGUCUGUGCUCCAGUGGUGCCAAACCGGUCUAGUCUGCGCGCCAGUGGUGCCAGCCCGGUCCAGUCUGCGCUCCAGGGGUCCAGCCCGGUCCAGUCUGUGCGCCAGUGGUGCCAGCCCGGUCCAGUCUGCGCUCCAGGGGUCCAGCUCGGACCAGUCUGCGCGCCCGUGGUGCCAGCCCGGUCAAGUCUGCUCCAGGGGUCCAGCUCGGACCAGUCUGCGCGCCCGUGGUGCCAGCCCAGUCCAGUCUGCGCUCCUAUGGUGCAAGCCCGGUCCAAUCUGCGCUCCUAUGGUGCCUGCCCGUUCCAGUGUGCGCGCCAGUGGUGCCAGCCCGGUCCAGUGUGCGUUCCAGUGGUGCCAGCCCGGCCCAGUGUGCGCGCCAGUGGUACCAGCCCGGUCCAGUGUUGCGCGCCAGUGGUGCCAGCCCGGUCCAGUGUGCGCGCCAGUGGUGCCAGCCCGGUCCAGUCUGCGCACCAGUGUUGUCAGCCCGGUCCAGUCUGCGCUCCAGGGGUCCAGCUCCGGGCAGGCUGCGCGCUAGUGGUGCCAGCCCGGUCCAGUCUGUGCCCCAGGGUGCCAACCCGGUCCAGUCUGCGCUCCAGGGUUCCAGCUCGGUCCAGUCUGCGCGCCAGUGGCGCCAGCCUGGUCCAGUCUGCGCGACGGUGGCGCCAGCCUGGUCCAGUCUGCGCGACGGUGGUGCACCCGGUCCAUCCUGCGCUCCAGGAGUCCAACCCGGUCCAGUCUGUGCCCCAGGGUUCCAGCCCGGUCCAGUCUGCGCGCCAGAGGUGCCAGCCCGGUCCAGUCUGCGCUCCAGGGGUCCAGCUCUGGGCAGGCUGCGCGCCAAUGGCGCGUGCCUGGUCCAGUCUGCGCGCCAAUGGCGCGUGCCUGGUCCAGUCUGCGCGCCAUUGGCGCCUGCCUGGUCUAGUCUGCGCGCCAAUGGCGCCUGCCUUAGCCAGUCUGCACGCUAGUGGUGCCAGCCCGGUCCGGUCUGCGCGCCUGUGUUGUCAGCCCGGUCCAGUCUGCGCUCAAGGGGUCCAACUCCGGGCAGGCUGCGUGCUAGUGUUGCCAGCCCGGUCCAGUCUGUGCCCCAGGGUUCCAAGCCCGGUCCAGUCUGCGCGCCAGUGGCGCCAGUCUGGUCCAGUUUGCGCUCCAGUGGCGCCAGCCCGGUCCAGUCUGCGCUCCAGGGGUCCAGCUCGGACCAGUCUGCGCGCCCGUGGUGCCAGCCCAGUCCAGUCUGCGCUCCUAUGGUGCAAGCCCGGUCCAAUCUGCGCUCCUAUGGUGCCUGCCCGUUCCAGUGUGCGCGCCAGUGGUGCCAGCCCGGUCCAGUGUGCGUUCCAGUGGUGCCAGCCCGGCCCAGUGUGCGCGCCAGUGGUGCGAGCCCGGUCUAGUGUUGCGCGCCAGUGGUGCCAGCCCGGUCCAGUGUGCGCGCCAGUGGUGCCAGCCCGGUCCAGUCUGCGCUCCAGGGGUCCAGCUCUGGGCAGGCUGCACGCAAAUGGCGCGUGCCUGGUCCAGUCUGCGCGCCAAUGGCACCUGCCUGGUCCAGUCUGCGCGCCAAUGGCGCCUGCCUUAGGCAGUCUGCGCGCUAGUGGUGCCAGCCCGGUCCGGUCUGCGCGCCAGUGUUGUCAGCCCGGUCCAGUCUGCGCUCCAGGGGUCCAGCUCCGGGCAGGCUGCGCGCUAGUGGUGCCAGCCCGGUCCAGUCUGUGCCCCAGGGUGCCAACCCGGUCCAUGUUGCGCGCCAGUGGUGCCAGCCCGGUCCAGUGUGCGCGCCAGUGGUGCCAGCCCGGUCCAGUCUGCGCUCCAGGGGCGCCAGCCCGGUCCAGUCUGCGCUCCAGGGGUCCAGCUCUGGGCAGGCUGCGCGCCAAUGGCGCGUGCCUGGUCCAGUCUGCGCGUCAAUGGCGCCUGCCUGGUCUAGUCUGCGCGCCAAUGGCGCCUGCCUUAGCCAGUCUGCACGCUAGUGGUGCCAGCCCGGUCCGGUCUGCGCGCCUGUGUUGUCAGCCCGGUCCAGUCUGCGCUCAAGGGGUCCAACUCCGGGCAGGCUGCGUGCUAGUGUUGCCAGCCCGGUCCAGUCUGUGCCCCAGGGUCCAGCCCGGUCCAGUCUGCGCGCCAGUGGCGCCAGUCUGGUCCAGUUUGCGCUCCAGGUGUCCAGUCUGCGCUCCAGGGUUCCAACCCGGUCCAGUCUGCGCGCCAGUGGCGCCAGCCUGGUCCAGUCUACACUCCAGGGGUCCAGCUCUGGGCAGGCUGCCUUAUCCAGUCUGCGCGCUAGUGGUGCCAGCCCGGUCCGGUCUGCGCGCCAGUGUUGUCAGCCCGGUCCAGUCUGUGCUCCAGGGGUCCAGCUCUGGGCAGGCUGCGCGCCAUUGGGGUCUGCCUAAUCCAGUCUGCGCGCUAGUGGUGCCAGCCCGGUGCCGUCUGUGCCCCAGGGUUCCAGCUCGGUCCAGUCUGCGCGCCAGAGGUGCCAGCCCGGUCCAGUCUGCGCUCCAGGGGUCCAGCUCAGACCAGUCUGCGCGCCCGUGGUGCCAGCCCGGUCCAAACUGCGCGCCAGUGGUGCCAGCCCGGUCCGGUCUGCGCGCCAGUGGUGUCAGCCCGAUCCAGUCUGCGCUCCAGGGAUCCAGCUCGGGGCAGGCUGCGCGCCAAUGGCGCCUGCCUGAUCCAGUCUGCGCGCCAGUAGUGCCGGCCCGGUCCAGUCUGUGCCCCAGGGUUCCAGCCCGGUCCAGUCUGCGCGCCAGUGGCGCCAGCCUGGUCCAGUGUGCGCGCCAGUGGUGCCAGCCCGGUCCAGUGUGCGCGCCAGUAGUGCCAUCCGGGUCCAGUCUGUGCCCCAGGGUUCCAGCCCGGUCCUGUUUGCGCGCCAGUCUGCGCUCCAGGGGUCCAGUCUGCGCUCUAGGGUUUCCAGCCCGGCCCAGUCUGCGCGCCAGUGGCGCCAGCCUGGUCCAGUCUGGGGUCCAGCCCGGUCCGGUCCAGUCUGCGCUCCAGGGUUCCAGCCCGGUCCAGUCUGCGCGCCAGUGGCACCAGCCCGGUCCAGUCUGCGCUCCAAGGGUCCUGCUCUGUCCAGUCUGCGCUCCAGGGUUCUAGCCCAGACCAGUCUGCGCGCUCGUGGUGGCAGCCCGGUUCAGUCUGCGCGCUCGUGGUGCCAGCCCGGUCCAGUCUGCGCGCCAGUGGUGCAAGCCCGGUUCGGUCUGCGUGCCAGUGGUGCCAGUCCGGUUCAGUCUGCGCUCCAGGGUGCUAGCCCGGACCAGUCUGCAAACCCGUGGUGCCAGCCCGUUUCAGUCUGCGCGCCAGUAAUGCCAGCCCUGUCCAGUCAGCGCUCCAGUGGGGCCGGCCCGGUCCAUUCUGCGCGCCAGUGGCGCCAGCCAGGUCCAGCCUGCGCGAGCCGACUGGGUAGCCGAACUAGCCGACUGCGGAGUGUUUUUCAUCCUCAACCGUAAAUAGCCUACAAGAACGGCGUGAAGUGCUUGCUGCAACGGAGCGGCCACGAUCCUGUCUUCCCUUCUGAAGUGGUACGAGACCAGUCCAGCCUACGCAAAUACCGAAGAGGUUCCAGCCUGAAUUAACCGAAGACACCAGUCGAAGUUGUACGAGCAAGGUUCAGUGGGGUCAGCCCCGUCCAGUCGGCGCGCCAGCGGUGCUAGCCCGGUCCAGUCUGCGCGCCAGUGGUGCCAACCCGGUCCAGACUGCGCGCUAGUGGUGCCAGUCCGGUCCAGUCUGCGCUACAGUAGUGCCAGCCUGGUCCAGAGUGUCCGCCUGCGCGGAGCGGCCUAAUAGUCCAGUCUGCCCGCAUGCGCGGAGCUGCCUGGUCCAGUCUGCUCUGCGCGGUCUACCCCAGUCCAGUCUGCCUGCCAGCGUGGUGCUGCCCGGUUCAGUCUGUUCUGCGCGGUGUUGCCAGCUCGGCCGUGUCUUUGCCAAUGGUGCUUAAUAAAAUCGAGUAACACACCUACUAUCUGCCUGUCUGAACGAACGCAAUCCGGUCUACCUACUGAGAGGUUUGAACCCGAUCCAGUCAGUCUACCAGUCGAAGUAGCAGCAUCGUGAUCCAGUCUGCCGCCUGUAGUGCCAGUUUACCAGGGUUUCCUGACUCCGCAUAGCAAGUCUGCCUGCUUAGAGCAGAGCUCCAUUCUGCACGCGCUGCGGGCUUGAUUCAUUUGCCGCCAGAACGCUACCAGAUGCAAUGCAGCUAUAAUUGGUCAACGAGACCUGUUUCCUGUCAAUCAAAUACGUUACGCUUAAUAAUCGCUAGGUGCGUUUCUCAUUUGGCCGUCUCGUGCUACUGACUGACAGAACCCGCCAACGCGGGCGUGCCUAAUCCAGACAUUGUCAACAGAACCAAACAAGAGUCCAGUCCGCCCACCAUAAAGCUAGAUGGCCACUGCAGCCAGUGAGACCAGUUCGGAGUCUAGCAAGCCUGCCUAAGGGUGCGUGUCUGAUUUUGCCCUCGUCAAUAAAGCAUAAUGUCUACCGCCAUAGCGGUAUAUGUUUAAUUGAACUUUUUAACAGAGCCAGGCAGCGCUAUCCAAGCCUGGGGGUUCCGGUUGUCAUUGAAGACGUGUACCAAUUAGCCAGAAACCUCUAAUUUUACAAGUCUCCCUGCCUGUGCAUCUGUGAUCCACACUUUGUCAACAGUGUCUGACAUAGCCAGCCAAGAAGCGCAAGCUGUUGACCGCCAGGAGGAAAGUGCAGUCGUAGACAUCGGGGUUAAAUACAACCCACCACCGGCGCCGGAUUCAGCAUUGGACUCGUCGAGGCUAGGUAUGACCGCGAGACCUUAAUCUCACUAUUGUCAACAGAGCUAGGCGUGCUUUCGCGAGUUUGAAUCCAGCCACCCACUGAAUCUGCCUGUUCUGAUGUCAGUCUGUGAACAUCAGACUUCACCAGUCAAGAAAAAUGCAAGUUUGGGGUUCAGUUGGAGUCAUUUAUGUGUAAGCAUGUAAGCUACCAGAAGUAAGCAUGACUUUGACCCCAAGCUACCUUGAUUACAGAACUUGACUAGUCGGACCGCCAUAGCGGGCCAUAAUCCACUUAUUGUUAACAGAAUGAGACGAGUCUACACGACUGCGCGGUGAGUGAAUCCAGCCACAUUGUCAUACACCUGAUAUUACGCCAGAAAUAAUGCAAACUUGGGCCAAACUAGUCGCCCAGACGUGAGCCUCUCUUCAACUGCGGAUUCCGUCUCUAGUCACGGAGUUUAAAGCGGUAUCCAUCCAAUCCAGUUAUUGUUGACAUAGCCAGACUUACUCGUAUCUGCAAUUGAACGCGAGUCCUGCCGACCUCUGAAUGAUCCGAUGUCUGCCUAACCAAAUCCAACCGUCAUAUUCAAAAAAAUAAAGACAAAUAAGGUCCAGUCGUAAAUUGUGAACCAGACGGUAGUCACAAACUCACAAGUCGUGGUGCGUGCAACCAUAAUCCACCUAUUGUUAACAGAACCAGAUAUGCGUCUCAGCGCUGCGUGAAACCCAGCCAUUAUAGAUAGAGCCUGACACCAGACACCGACAAUCUUCUGAUAUCCUGCCCGUCCCCGUCCAGAACCCAUCGGAGUGGUGGGUGCUAAUCAUAAUUAAGCUAUUGUUUACAGAGUGGCCACGUAUCUGAACUUUGAUCCUACCACCACCUUUAACCUGAAUCUGACUUCGGGUGAUGAACCAGUCGUGAAUAGGUUACCUACCUAAAAAGUUGAUCAGGUCUGCUGGUUCUGCUUGCCAGAGGAAUGCGAGUCAACAUAGAUACACCAAAGAGAAGUCUACUUUGUCGAGCUAGCCAAGUCUAUACGCGAGAACGGGUGCGUCAACCAUUAACAGAGGCUGUGCGGUGCAUGGAACGCGCAUUCUAGAGAAUCCAGCUCGCCAUGAAGUUGCAAGUUUUAUUUUUGCCUAUCAUUGUCGAAAGCACACGUGUGCACAUCACCCAAAGCGGCGUGAGAAGAGAAGCCCAAUAUUAGCGCCAGCCCGGUUCGACCACCAAAGCCCGCUUGUCACUGCCUGCCAGACUGGUGCUCUCCUGCUUCAUCAUAAGGUUCGAUAUAUUAUUAGUGCACGAUUAUAAUUUUCUUUGAGGUACGAUUUUCAUUUUUACGCCAAGCCACUCAUAACACAAAAUAAUAAUAAUGCCUCCUCCAAAAUCGGCGCCCAUAUUUGACAGUUUCCUGUUAUCUCCAUCAGUCUUCGUUCAAGCCUUGCCCAGGUUGUAUUUCUUCAAGUGUAUUCGACCACCGUCAUCGAAACGAGAUCCAAAGACUCCAAUUUUAACACUGCGAAGUCUACUAAUCGCCGAGCCAAAUCGUCUUUUACAUUGGAUUGUGAGUCUCUUUUUGUAAAUUUUUGUCUUAGUAUAAGUUCAUCGAUCUGCGGGUUGCAGAGUCAUCAUUCUUCAGAUCUUCGGGUUUGUCGUUUCUUAGAUCAUCGGCUUUGUCGUUUCCUAGAUCUUCGUGUUCGUCAGGCUUCGAACUUCGUGUUCGUCAUUCUUCUAACUUCGUGUUCGUCGGUCUGCGAACUUCGUGUUCGUCGGUCUUCGAACUUCGUGUUCGUCGAUCUGCGAACUUCUUGUUCGUCGGUCUUCGAACUGCGUGUUCGUCGGUCUUCGAACUGCGUGUUCGUCGGUCUUCGAACUGCGUGUUCGUCGGUCUUCGAACUUCGUGUUCGUCUGUCUUCGUGUUCGUCGGUCUUCGAACUGCGUGUUCGUCGGUCUGCGAACUGCGUGUUCGUCGGUCUUCGAACUGCGUGUUCGUCGGUCUGCGAACUGCGUGUUCGUCGGUCUUCGAACUGCGUGUUCGUCGGUCUUCGAACUGCGUGUUCGUCGGUCUUCGAACGGCGUGUUCGUCGGUCUUCGAACUGCGUGUUCGUCGGUCUUCGAACUUCGUGUUCGUCGGUCUUCGAACAGUAAGUUCAUCGGUUUGAAAACUGCGAGUUCAAUUUUAGACUGCGUGCUCGUCGGUUUUAUAACUUCGUGUUCGUCGGUCUCCGAACAGCAAGAUCGUCAGGUGGUCGGCGAUCUUCGAACAGUAAGUUCGUCGAGUUGCAAACUGCGAGUUCAACGUGUUUUUGUCUGCGUUGUCGUCGGUCUACGAGUUCAACGUGUUUUAGACUGUUCAUCUGUUUGCGGGUACACUUUUCUUAGGCCUUCGAGCUGCGGGUUCAUCUGUCUUCGAACUGCAUUUAUAAUAUGUUGGUCUGCGUGUACGCCAUCCGUCGGUCAACGGUCAUCUUAACUUCGGGUUCGACGUACUUCGAAAUGUGGGUUCGACAACCUUCAAGCACUUGUAAGUGUAUUACUUUUUAAAAUAUCAUUUAGGGAGGUCAUCUGCCGUCGAUCGCAAGCACCUCCGCGGCUACGUACCCUGUUUUCGUCCUUCGAGCAAUAUCCGGCUCCACACUUACCAUAUUUUAGAUAAUCGUCCGCAAUUCUCUCUUCGUGCCCUGCUUGUCAGACUUCGCGCCUUGCGGUCGCCAUUCUUCGUGCUUCGCAAUCACCUGUCUUCAUGUUUCAUUCACCAUGACACUGGCUACUGACUACCCGCCCUACAAGCCUAUUGUACCUCCGUGCUUCUAAUUCUUCUUGACUCUACCUACACACAGCGCCCACACGUAAGCCUGCUUUAUUUCACAGAUCAAGAAAUAUUCAACAAAGGAGCAAAAAGAAAAGGCCGGCAUUGGAACUUAAAAACCCAUAGAAGCUCAUAGGUACAAGAACGCAACGGACCUUUAAAAUGAAAGAGAACUCUGGUGGCGUCAGUUAUACCGCGAGAGCGUCAAAGCGUAAGCCUUUUGCUCCGCAGAUGGUGUCAUCAACUGUUACUGCACAAAAAAAACUAUCAGCAUUUAGGUAUUGAAGAGAAGCAACAACCAGAAAUGUAUCUUGUAUGACUGGACAGCAUCUCUCCUACAUCAAACAACCCAUCCAGGCAACCUACUUAUAUUUCUUAAUUAUGAUAAAAAGUGUGUCUAACGAUUUUGUUGCAGACAAUAAUAUCACGUGAGCAUAUUUUAUCACUUUUUGAACGCUUUAUCUGGACAUGUGAUGCCUUAAUGUUUUUUUCCAUAGUUAGUCUACUUAAAGAAUAUUAUUGGUAUGUCACUAAUAUAAUAAUGUAAUUUUCAUAUUUGUAUACUUAACUGUGCAUUUGUACUUUAUGUGUUUUGACUGGUUACGUGUUCGAAAUGUGUGUUUAAAUCUGUUUUAGCCGAACCAUCUCAAUAGCACUAAAUCCACAAACCUAAUGAAUUGCACAGAUUGGGUACUCAAGAGCGAACGUCUUGCUUUGUUUAGGACUAGUCUGGAAUUGUUAGUUUCUUUUAGAUAUUGGAUUACCUACUAACGUAAGAAGCUUGCACGAGCAGACUGAAUUAUAGCCGCAUGGGACGCUUAUUACGAAACUUGUUUUUGGCUCUUCACCCAAAACUAGAAAUGUACUACAACAAUAAUAUGGGCAUGAAGUUGCGCCUUCAUAUUGCAAGACCCUAUUUAGAAGGUAUAGCAGAUUUUUUUUACUUAUAUAACAAAUGUUAAUGUAGUAACCUGUUUCUUGAUCUUUAUUAGACGGUAGAAGUGCGGAAAAAUUUUGUAUGUUCGCAGGUGAAAUGUGCAUAAUAGGUAUUGGUACUUUUAAUAUUUUUACUCUUAAUCCAGUUAUUGUUUACGUGUCAUGUAAUAUUGUCUACUUAGUUUAAAGGUGCUGUUCAAUGCUUGAUCCAAUAUGAUUUUAUCUGCUUUUCCACUCGUGUUCGAUGUGUGUCGUAUGUUUUUUUAGAUUUAGAUACUGCAACAUUGACUAACGGCUGCUUGGCACGGCAUGGUUAUGGAAAAAGAACAUUGCAACAGCUUGCAAGUAUUAGUGAAACCUGCAAUCCUGAAGAUAUUACAGAUUCUAUAAAUUGUACAGAGCGUAACCUGGGAUGCGUGCAAAACUAACAUAUGGGCGAAGAUUAUUGAUUACUGCAGCCGAGAAUUCUUUUGUGAAAUGUGCUGUUUGUGCAUUGCUUUUUGGUUGAUUAUGUAUUUGAAGUGUAUCUGUAUAUCGUUUUGGUUGUGUUAAAACUAUGUAGACUUUGGCGAUAACGGAGUGCACGACAAUAAAGUAGAUAUUAACACGAAACUUCGAUAAAAGCUGGAAUUGUGUGCUUGACUUGAUAUACUUAAAUAUAAAAAUACAGAGAAGAAAAACUAAGAACAUGGUACGUACGCUAAUACAACCAUUUCAGGAUGACAGGAAGGCGAGAGGACCUAUAUACGAAUUUACAUUGAAUUGCUACAUAUGUAUUAACGGCAUGGAAUGAAACUAAGCACCUUCGACGAUAACUUGAGUGGUGCCCUUAGCCGUAAUAGAAAGAUAGAUGCAAACGAACACAGAGGGUAAGGAAAUAUGUUUUUUUUUUUUUUUUUCAAUUUAACGGAAAUGGAAAUUUGGCCUUUCGGAGUUGGAAUCUGGAAUAAAUAAAAUAAAAUAAAAAUAAAUAAAUUCACAAAAGGAUGAAGAUUAACGCUAGAUCAGGGACAGAAAACGGAAAGUAAAAAGACGCACUGAGAUUUACAAACAGGUACAACCAAUUUUAUUUUUUUAGAUUAUUCCAAUUCGAAGAUUUUAGCUAGCACUAGUGUUCUCUUGAUCUGAAAUAUAGAAAUAACGGUAGCUAGUGGAGGUUCAAAAACAUACAAAUCAAUGGCUCUCGAGGAUUUUCAGCUUAUUCGUACAACUAGAGAAGGUAUGUUUUUUCAGACAUUAAUCUGAUGAGUAACAAAAGCGAAGGUACAUAUGGAUUUAAAAUGUUUAUUAAAUGCAGCAUAGGAAUGUGGUACGUAAGCUAAUUUAAGAUUUUUAGAUAAAAAUAAAAUCGAUCUCUAAAAGUGUGACUGAAGAAUCUGAAGCAAUUGAGAAGAAAAUCGCAAUUACUACUUAAAUACAUAAUAUCAACACAUACACUUGGUACGUACUGACUCAAGCCUAGAUGAAACAUCUAUUUCCAAUACAGAUACCUAUACUUACUGAAGACAGCGGUAAAGGAUAAAGAAUGUCGAUAUUGAGCAAAGACAAUCGAAAGUAUGAGGUUUGAACGUGGCCAUUAAAGACGAUUAAACACACAUUGGGUACGUACGUACGAUUUUUUUUCUUCAGAUGACUCAUAAUUCGGAAUACUCGAUAAUUUCAGAUUGACCUAUUGAGCAAUAUUGGAUGUUUUGAAUUGAACACUGAAGGUAUGAAAUUCUCAAUUUUUUUUGAAAUAGAACACUAGUACGAGGUAAGAACGUGGUCCAAAAUAAGUACGUGGUACACAAGCUUGAAGAAGGGUACGUAAGAUAUAACAUCGAUUCUUAACCUACUCGAAGAUUAAAAGUGAAACAUAAAUGGCACAAGACAGAACGAGGAAACUAAGACAGAAGAUAGUCAUCAACUGGAACACGUGUGGUAUGUAAGCUAAUAAAGAUACGGUCGAACAACUGUUCUCCUAGAGACUACUUCGAACUACCAUACCAUUUGGAACUGGACUCGGAAAUAAUGAAGGUACUGAAUUAAAUUACACCAUAAGGAGUGUCGAUGUCGGUGUCUAUAGCCAAGUAAAUGAAAGAUGCGAGGUUCGUUCUUAUUAACGGGAUUAGGUAUGUAAAAUUCAUGAUUUUUUGAUGGAACACCGGUUCGCCUUACUCGAUGAUUUCAGACUACCAUGGAAUGCCAAAGGUAUGAAAUUAUAAAGAAGCUGAUCACUAAAGCUAAGAAUACAACGUUCGAACGUAAUAACUAAAUAGGUACAGAGUUCAAACUAGUACUGGAACGUGAUCUAAUUCAUAGCAGUCUACGAGAUCCAUUGAACUUACACAAUGUGGUUUCAAGGUGCGUAAUAAACAAAGUUGACUGCGACCGGACCAGCGAGGAAUAUCCAAUAGCUGUUAAGCCGCUAUGUAAGACAAGUAAGCGAAAGAAAAUAACUACAAUUUUGAAAAUUAAAGAAGCAAUAUAGCCAUUCGAAUUUAGAGUAGGUAAGUAAGUAUGAAAUAAUGAGGAUUUAUUUACAGACUUUAUUAACUUGAAUUAUUUAAAGAGAAUGAAUGAAUUCUAAGUCUACUUGCUAAAUCAUAGAUUGAUUAAAAAUAUCUAUUGAUGAAAACAACAUACGCUACAUCUAUUGGUAUAAACAACAUGUUACGUCGUCUAUCGACACCACAAAUCAUUGAAUUGAACAAAUGUUAUUGGCAACUUCGGACACACGAAGGUAUUGGUAAGUUCCUUAAUAAAGCUUGUUUCAGAUCUCAAGUUAAGGUUAUCAACAUAAGCAAGAUUAAACAUAUUGAGAUAUGUAUAAAUAAGAUUGCAAGCAAUCGAACGACACAUUUGUAUGAUCCUUAACAAGUUGAAAUAAGAAUAUCAAUAUUGACACUAAGACGCUUCCCAUACAAUAUCCUACAAAUACCGGUUGAAAUUCGUAUAGUAUUAACAACAAAAUAAAAAAAGAUCACUUAAGCUUUUAAGUUCUUGUAAAAGCAAGGAAACUGAAGACAUACUAAUAAAACGUAAACAUAGAAAAAUCUAUAAAGAAUAUCGUCGUCGUCAAGCAGAAUAAUACCUAUGCGAAGUAUGAAAAUAACGAAAAGAUAAAAACUUCAUCAUGAAGGUAGAAGAAUAGAAUGUAUAAAGAAGGGGGACCAGAAAAGACGUGAAAUGAUUAUACACACAACUUAAGCAAACCUAUACUAAAAGAAAUGCAGAAUAAAACAAAACUAGAAUGGACAGCGUAAAGAAAGAAGAUUGAAGAGGGCACGAAGAAAGAAGAUUGAAAAGGGCACGAAGAAAGAAGAUUGAAGAGGGCACGAAGAAAGAAGAUUCAAGAGGGCACGAAGAAAGAAGAUUCAAGAGGGCACGAAGAAAGAAGUUUCAAGAGGGCACGAA